AGGGGAUGGGUGCGGGAUUAGGAAAAGUGUCGGCCCUGAGUGGAGCUGGAGACGCAAAGGGGUCGCCAGGGCGCGCCGGGGAGAGCAGAGAAGCCGAGGCGGAGGCUGCAUCUCCAGUCUGGGGCGGCGGCCGUACCGGGAGCUGGGGCGCGCGGAGCUGUCCGUUCAGCACUACCGCGCCGCACCCCGGCGCAGGGCCCGCGCCCAGGCGCCCGGGCUCCGCUCCCGCUCCACCUCCCGCGGGCGCCUGCGGCGCGGGCUGCUGUCUCUCCUGGGGGCUGAGAGGCGCGCAGAUCGAGGCAGGGGGUGCUUUGCGAGGGCUGGGGCCACGCAGCCACCUGUGAGCCUCUGGCAACUGCGGGCAACGGCGGCGCCUCCGGCCAGAGACAGGAGAAGACGCUUGGCGGACCCCGCCCGCCGGCCCGCAGGGCGCACACACAGGCUCACACACACACCCGCGCGCACACGCACAGCCAGCCAGCAGCGGCGGCCGCAACGAUGCUAACAAGCAGGUCUGGGAAGUUUCCCGCCGGCCUCUGCCGUGGGCUCCGGUGUUCGCAGGUAUAGCGCCCCCGCGCGGCGCGGGCGGCUGGGCGUCUCGAGCAUGACCGGCCAGAGCCUGUGGGACGUGUCCGAGACCAACGUCGAGGAUGGAGAGAUCCGAAUCAACGUCGGAGGCUUCAAGAGGCGGCUGCGCUCGCAUACGCUACUGCGCUUCCCCGAGACGCGCCUGGGCCGCCUGCUGCUCUGCCACUCGCGCGAGGCCAUUCUAGAGCUCUGUGAUGACUACGACGAUGUCCAGAGAGAGUUCUACUUUGACCGCAACCCUGAGCUCUUUCCCUACGUGCUGCAUUUCUACCACACCGGCAAGCUUCACGUCAUGGCGGAGCUGUGCGUCUUCUCCUUCAGCCAGGAGAUCGAGUACUGGGGCAUCAACGAGUUCUUCAUUGACUCCUGCUGCAGCUACAGCUACCACGGCCGCAAAGUGGAGCCUGAGCAGGAGAAGUGGGACGAGCAGAGCGAACAGGAGAGCACCACGUCCUCCUUCGAUGAGAUCCUGGCCUUCUACAAUGACGCCUCCAAAUUCGAUGGGCAGCCCCUGGGCAACUUCCGCAGGCAGCUGUGGCUGGCGCUGGACAAUCCCGGCUACUCUGUCUUGAGCAGGGUCUUCAGCAUCCUGUCCAUUCUGGUGGUGCUGGGGUCCAUCAUCACCAUGUGCCUCAACAGUCUGCCAGACUUUCAAAUCCCCGACAGCCAGGGCAACCCUGGCGAGGACCCCAGGUUUGAAAUAGUGGAACACUUUGGCAUCGCCUGGUUCACGUUUGAACUGGUGGCCAGGUUUGCUGUGGCCCCCGACUUCCUCAAGUUUUUCAAGAAUGCCCUAAACCUUAUCGACCUCAUGUCCAUCGUCCCCUUCUACAUCACCUUAGUGGUGAACCUGGUGGUGGAGAGCACACCUACCUUGGCCAACUUGGGCAGGGUGGCCCAGGUCCUGAGGCUGAUGCGGAUUUUCCGCAUCCUAAAGUUGGCCAGACACUCCACUGGCCUCCGCUCGCUGGGGGCUACCCUGAAAUACAGCUACAAAGAAGUAGGGCUGCUCUUGCUCUACCUGUCUGUGGGGAUUUCCAUCUUCUCUGUAGUGGCCUACACCAUUGAAAAGGAGGAGAAUGAGGGCCUGGCCACCAUCCCUGCCUGCUGGUGGUGGGCCACUGUCAGUAUGACCACUGUGGGGUAUGGGGAUGUGGUCCCAGGGACCACGGCAGGGAAGCUGACCGCCUCUGCCUGCAUCCUGGCAGGUAUUCUCGUGGUGGUACUGCCCAUCACCUUGAUCUUCAAUAAGUUCUCCCACUUUUAUCGGCGCCAAAAGCAGCUUGAGAGUGCCAUGCGCAGCUGUGACUUUGGAGAUGGAAUGAAGGAGGUCCCUUCCGUUAAUUUAAGGGACUACUAUGCCCAUAAAGUUAAGUCCCUCAUGGCAAGUCUGACAAACAUGAGUAGGAGCUCACCAAGCGAACUAAGUUUAAAUGAUUCCCUGAAUUAGCUGGGAAGGACUGUCAUCCUCAAACCCCCCCUAUUGAGCUGCCUCUUGCUCCUCUGGCACCUUAGGUGUAAGGAAUAUGCCCAGCCCCAAAGGGGAGAGAGGCAUGGGCUAUGCACCCCAGGUUGUUUCAUGGUAUUUAGAAUAAGUCUUGGCAGUGUGUCCGACACCAUAACUUUGCACCUUUCAUUGAAAUGACACUCAUUGGUCUUUGCAUUGUGGACAUAAAAUGUUCACCUUUCUGCCAGAUGAGUAGCCCCCCAGAAUGCUAAUUUUCCUGUUCACUGUGUAUUCUAGUGCUUGCGGCCCAGUACUGUCUGUGAGUUGUUUGUGCUCCUGUUUCUGAGGUUGUCAUGUGAGUUCUGUACAAAAAGCCCCCACAAAUCUGUCCAGAGGAAACACAUCUAUGGGGUCAGCGAGGAUAUGCCAAGAUUUUGCUCAGUCAUGUGAAAACAAAAUCUUAGUUCUUUAUCCAUUGCUUCCAUUUAGUUUUAAUACCAAAACAAAGAGAAUGUGAAGUUAUGCACGGGGUCAGCGAGGAUAUGACAAGAUUUUGCUCACAGUCAUGUGAAAACAAAAUCUUAGUUCUUUAUCCAUUGCUUCCAUUUAGUUUUAAUACCAAAACAAAGAGAAUGUGAAGUUAUGCACACAUGACCAGUGCAAGUCUCUGAUUGUUUUUAUAAAUGAUCUAUAGCUCUGUGGCUUGCAUGGGUACACCAGUCACCUUUAGAACCAUGUACACUGAUGUUCAUCUCAUAAUGUUGUUCUUUAGAGAAUGUUACUCAGUUAAAUAUGUAGUGAAGAUUAAAAAUUUUUCCCAAGAACAGAUGCAUUAGGGACAGGGCUUCAGCUAAGUAUCGGCUAAAUUACAAGAUGCUGAAAGACCUUUUGAAUUCAGGCCUCCGACUUUCCUAGGUGAAAUUCAUUUCUGGCCGAGGUUCCUGGUCUACGCCACUUGACCAAACUUUGCUGUGUCUUAGAUAUUAGCAUGUUUUUGCAAUAUUUAUUUCUUAAGGUCUUCAGAAAUUAGGUUGUAUGUCUUUCUCAGAAGGCAUUUACUGUUGUCUUGUGUCCUCACGGAAAACGUUGGAUUGCUAGCAAGGGCAGUAGCUUAGAAACUUUUGUCGCCUGCUCUGAAAGCUUAUCAAAUAAGAGCCCUUUUACUUCCAAGCAGAAUUUAGUUAGAUAAUUUUGCUUUUAGGAUACAAACUGUUAUAUAUGAUACUUUAAUUGCCCUGGAGUUCCUGUAUGACAUGGAAACCUGUUGGUGUGGAAGUGUGUACUCAAAAUACAGACAUGCAUGAAGGCUGUAUGGCUUAUCCAGGAUGGAAAUAUUAUAGUUCCUGUUUCCAUUUUCAUGGCCUUUUGUUGGGAGAGUGGGGGUAGAGGCCAGAAGGAAGGAAAGAAUUGUAAAACAAAACAUUGCUGCUUCAUAAAGGGUCAUAAAUAAUAGCAAACUUGAAAAGCUUAGUGCUCUUUAAAAGACCUUGAAACUUUAAAACUUGUGUUGAAGGUUGAGAACUCUUUCCUUUUCCAAACCACCCUUCCUCCUCCUCUUCAGUUAACUAGUGCAGUAACAUUGUGAAGGGGAACCUGGAAUGCUUUAUAAAAAUAGUUCUCUGUUACCUUCUAGGUAAUCAGAAGGCUUUCCUGUUGGCUCCCAUUAUUGUUCAGUUUUUGGAAAGGCUACAGAAUCCAGGGGCCUAAGCAUGGAGUUAGGCUUUUUAUGCAAGGCUUGGACCUUCCCUAAAGAGGUCCAUUUUGUGUCUUAGUUGUUGGAAGAUAAUACAUACCUCAUGGGGGUGGCAAGGAUCUUGUCAAAAGGCUUUGUGUACUUGUAGUUGCCAUGGCCACUACCUAGCAGGCAAUUUCUUGGAUGAAUGCACUAGUCACUUACUCCCUUGAGUCCCCAGUUGGGAUCCUUCCAUCAGGCUGGAGCCUCAUGCGGGCAGGGAGGCAGCCACCUCCUAGUGCCUGAUGGUCUACCACUUACAUCUGUUUCUC